UACUUCCUGGCGGAAAGUGCGAAUUCAACUUUGACAGUAGUCAAAUUUACCUCAAAAACUCACUUUGAAGAGAUCUUUCGGAUCUUAAAGAUCAUUAAUCUGUCUCCGCACACCUGCGCGGCUUCCAUUCGGCAGCAGCGUUUUAUGUUUACCCGAAAAAAAUCCGUUUUGAAGCUUUUAGUUUCACUUUAGAGCGUAUUAGCAUGGAGGCUAACACGGUGGCAGCUAACGUGGCCUCAGAAGAGCACCAAGAGUCUGGACAGGACCCAGAGGACCACCAACAGUCCACAUGUGACGAGGACGACCUGGACCUGGAUCUAGACCUGGAGCUGGCCAAGAUGACUGUGGAGGACCUGAACCACAACGUGCAGGCCGUGCAGACGGACAUCCAGACCGCCGAGCUCGCCGUCAACACGGAGGCCGGCUGGGAGAGCGACGUGGCGGCCAUGUUUGACCAGGGCUCCAGCCUGAAGGAGCGCUUCGAGCAGCUCGCCAAGAGGGAGGAGGAGGAGGAGGCGGAGCACGAGAAGCUCCGGCAGCAGCUGCAGAAGAAGAAGGAGGACGCCACGCGCCAGCACCAGGCUCUUCUGGACAAACUGGAGUCUGUGCGAGUUAAACUGCAGCUCAACAACUCGAAGGCUGCCAGGAAGAACUUCCUGGCUAAGAAACAGGAGUUGAGCUCAGAGAGGAGCCGAGCGGCGGAGGAGCGAAACCGGUUGGCAAAAGAGCUGCAGGACAUGGAGCAGAAGCUGACGGCGCUGGGCGAGGAGCAGGGCGAGGAGCAGCGGCGCUGGGGGUCGGAGCUGGAGGAGCUGCGGCGGGAGAUGGACCGGGUGAGGAGGGAGGUGCGGGAGGCGCAGCGGCAGGCGCAGCGGGACGAGAUCGCGGCCGUGGAGAAGCAGCGGGAGGUGGCCAUGUCCUGCAUCAACGCCUGGCUGAGAGAGGUGAGCCAGUACCUGAACACCCUGCGGCAGGAGUUCCCCCAGCAGUUCCCUCAGGAGCGGCUGACCUGGGAGAAGAACCAGAGCCUGGUGCGCCGGAGCCAGGCGGAGCUGCAGAGCCGCUUCCAGGACGUCCUGCAGCAGCUGCAGCAGGGCCGCGACCUGGACAGCCUCCCCAGGGUCAGCGUGCCCGCCCUGCCCCAGGUUCCCAUGGUGGAGCUGCAGUUCAACCAGGUGAUGCAGAGCGUGCUCCCCCCAGUCUUCCUGCCCCCGCCUCACCCGGCCCCCGCCGGCUUCCUGCCCCAGAGGCUCCCUCACUUCUGCCCGCAGCGGCUGCCCCACCUCCACCCAAACCUCCAGUACCGGGGGCCCUACCACCCCCCGCCGUUCCUGCCCCCCCACCCCGCCCACCCAUUCCCGCCCCCGCCUCACUUCCGGCCCCUGGUCCGAGCGCCGGUAAGGAGCGCGUCUCCCUCGCCGUCCCCGCCUCCCCCCGCAGCCCCCGCCCCCGCCCCCUCCGCCCCGGCCGGCAAGCUGGACAAAGUGCUGGAGAAGCUGGGGGCGCGGUUCCCACAAUGCACCAGGGCGCAGCUGACGUCGCUGCUGCAGCAGGUGAAGAGCUCCCGCGGGACGCUGGCCGGCAUGUCCAUGGAGGAGGUGGUGGAGCAGGUGGGCUUCAAGCUGGCGCAGGGCGAGCGCUCGGCCCCGGGGCCCAUCAGCCGGCCCGCCCCCCCGGGCCCCAUCCAGAGGCCCUCGCCGUCCCCCCAGCACGCCCGCAAGCUGUGCCUGAUGUGCCAGAACCACGUGGAGCCGGAGAGCCGCCACCCGCUCGCCUGCUCCCACACCAUCCACAGAGACUGCAUCCAGGUGUGGCUGCAGUCCAGCAGGAACAACUCCUGCCCCUUCUGCCCCAGCAAGUGAGCCCCCCACCCCCCCCACCGCCCAAC